CCGUCGCCCUCUCUCCUUCGCACGCGGUUGAGGAAGCCGGUAGGCCUGAGAAGCUGCUGCUGAAUAAUGCCGGGAAAACUCCGCAGUGGGGCCAAGUUGGGCUCAGACGAGGCCGAGGAGAGCAUGGAGACGCUGCCGAAGCCAAGUGAGAAGAAAACUAGAAAAGAGAAGACAAAAUCAAAGACCGAAGAAGCAACAGAAGGAAUGGAAGAGGCCGCUUCCUCCAAUGCAAAGAAAACAAACAAGAAAGGGCCUUCUGAAGAUGAUGUGGAUCCCCCUAAAUCCAAGAAGGCCAAGAAGCAGGAGGAGGAGCCUCAAGACGACACUGCUUCUACAAGCAAAACCUCCAAGAAGAAAAAGGAGCCCCUUGAGAAGGAAGCAGCCUCUGAAACCAAAGAGAUAAUAACAGAGGAGCCUCCCAAAGAAGAGGCAGACAUGCCUAAGCCCAAGAAGAUGAAGAAAGGGAAGGAAGCAAACGGAGAUGCGGGAGAGAAAAGCCCCAGGGUGAAGAAUGGACUCUCCCAACCUUCUGAACCGAAAUCCAACUCCAGUGAUGCUCCUGGUGAGGAAAGUAGUAGCGAGACAGAAAAGGAAAUACCUGUGGAGCAGAAAGAAGGAGCUUUCUCUAAUUUUCCCAUAUCUGAAGAGACUGUCAAGCUUCUUAAAGCUCGUGGGGUGAACUUCCUGUUUCCUAUACAAGCCAAGACCUUCCACCAUGUGUACAGUGGGAAAGACUUAAUUGCCCAGGCACGGACAGGCACCGGGAAGACAUUCUCUUUUGCCAUCCCUUUAAUUGAGAAACUUCAAGGUGGGCUACAAGAGAGGAAGAGAGGCCGAGCCCCUCAGGUGCUAGUCCUUGCACCCACAAGAGAAUUAGCAAAUCAAGUGAGCAAAGACUUCAGCAACAUCACCAAAAAGCUGUCCGUAGCUUGUUUUUAUGGUGGAACACCCUACGGUGGUCAGAUUGAACGAAUGCGGAGUGGGAUUGAUAUACUGGUUGGGACCCCAGGUCGUAUUAAAGACCACUUGCAGAAUGGCAAGCUAGAUCUCACCAAACUUAAACACGUUGUCCUGGAUGAAGUCGACCAGAUGUUGGAUAUGGGUUUUGCUGAUCAAGUGGAAGAAAUUUUAUGUGUGGCAUACAAGAAAGAUUCUGAAGACAACCCCCAAACAUUGCUUUUCUCUGCAACUUGCCCUCAUUGGGUAUUUAAUGUUGCUAAGAAAUACAUGAAAUCUACAUACGAACAGGUGGACCUGAUUGGUAAAAAGACUCAGAAAGCAGCUAUAACUGUGGAGCACCUGGCGAUUAAGUGUCACUGGUCAGAAAGGGCAGCGGUGAUUGGGGAUGUGAUCCGAGUGUACAGUGGUCAUCAGGGGCGCACGAUCAUCUUCUGUGAAACCAAGAAGGAUGCCCAGGAGCUAUCUCAGAACACGUGCAUAAAGCAGGAUGCCCAGUCCUUACAUGGCGACAUUCCACAGAAGCAAAGGGAAAUCACCCUGAAAGGUUUCCGAAAUGGCAGUUUUGGAGUUUUGGUGGCGACCAAUGUUGCUGCCCGUGGGUUAGACAUCCCUGAGGUUGACUUGGUUGUUCAGAGCUGUCCACCAAAGGAUGUAGAGUCUUACAUUCAUCGUUCGGGGCGGACAGGCAGAGCUGGAAGGACAGGGGUUUGCAUCUGCUUUUACCAGAAAAAAGAAGAGUACCAGUUAGCACAAGUGGAGCAGAAAGCGGGAAUUAAAUUUAAACGGAUAGGUGUUCCUUCUGCAUCGGAAAUAAUAAAAGCCUCCAGCAAAGACGCCAUCAGGCUCUUGGAUUCUGUGCCUCCCACUGCCAUUAGCCAUUUCAAGCAGUCAGCUGAGAAGCUGAUUGAGGAGAAGGGAGCUGUAGAGGCCCUGGCAGCUGCUCUGGCCCACAUCUCAGGAGCCACAUCCGUCGAUCAGCGCUCCCUGAUCAACUCGCAAGCAGGCUUUGUGACCAUGAUCCUACGCUGCUCCAUUGAGAUGCCCAACAUCAGUUACGCUUGGAAAGAACUUAAGGAGCAGCUGGGCGAGAGCAUCGAUGCCAAAGUGAAAGGAAUGGUCUUCCUCAAAGGAAAACUGGGGGUUUGUUUUGAUGUCCGCACUGAAGCAGUCACAGAAAUACAGGAGAAGUGGCAUGAUUCGAGACGCUGGCAGCUCACCGUGGCCACCGAGCCGCCAGAGCUGGAGGGACCUCCAGACGGCUAUCGAGGCCGCAUGGGUCAGCGUGAUGGCAGCCGCGGUGCUUUCAGAGGACAGCGGGGUGGAAGCAGGAACUUCCGGGGCCAGGGACAGCGGGGUGGAAGUAGAAACUUCCGAGGACAGCGACCAGGAGGUGGCAACAGGGGCCAGAAGCGGAGUUUUGGUAAAGCGUUUGGUCAGUGAGUAGAGGCCAGAAGGGACUGUUCCCACUGUGGACCCCAGGGUCCACCCUGCUGACAAAGCCCCAGUGCUUCCUUCCUUUUUUACCACUUCUCGGCGCCCCCUUUCUUGCAGAGAGGCUUCUGAACUGUCCGACUAACCAUCACAAACUCUUCAUUUUGAAAGAGGAUAAGGAUUCAUUGCAUCAUUUUCCAACAUACUUUUAGAUUUACAAAGUAAAACCAACCAUGAAUCUGCCUAUCUUGGUGUGUUGAUCUUGUAAUUUCAUCUUGUGUGUGUGUAUGUGUGCACUCACUGGGGCCUAAGCUCAGAACCUCACACAAGCAGAGCAUACACAUGCCCUGCAACUAAACUACAUCUCUAGUCCCUAUACACGUGUCCAACUCAUCCUUCAAAGAGAGUCCCUAGGGGCUGCCUCAGUCUCAGGAGGAUUGCAAGAGCCAGGGCGGAAUGUGUUUGUUGCAUUCCUUGGCAUCCUGGACUCCUUGCAAACAAUUGCUGUGUUUAUAUGUGUCUGCUGAGGUUUGAUGCUGAGCAGUGCUUUUCAAGAGCCACUUCAGACUUAGCUGAUUUGAAUAGUUUGUGCCAGGCUCUGGAUGUUGAGGGUAGAACAGACAGCAUAGAUUCACUCUAGUGUCUUCACAUACUCAUUAGGUGAUUUGUGUUCCAGUGGAUUCUCCAGACAAGUGUAUAUAGAAGUACAUUUUUAUAGGACCCAAUGUCUGUAAAGUUCAAGCCCAAAUGCCUGACAUGUCUAGCUUUUCUUGUCAGUAAUGAGACUGGAUCCACUUUUGGAAGAUUGAUUUACCCAGAAGAAAUAAUGGAGCAUGGGGCUCAGUUGGUGUUGCUGACAAAUGUCUCAAAAAAGCCACAAAGGUGUCUUUGAUUGUGACAGGGAAGGAGGUGGAGAAGCGUGCUCUGAGUGGUGAGCACGUCCUGAGUCGUGGCUCCUGGAGGGCCUGUGUCUGCUAGUGUGCAGUCUGGGGCUAUUAAAGGGCACAGUGGGACAGGCUUGUUUUCAGUGGCUUGGAUCUUAAACCACAACGUAAAAUCUAUUUCUGUUAAGCUGCUUCUCUGAAAAAUUAUCACAGCUCAGAGAGUCCUUCUACAACAAGGUGUGCCAUUUUAAGCUCUUACUUUGAGGGAACUGAAGCAUAGCCCCUGCCUACUGCUCGGUUUUUUAUUUGGGAAUCAUCCCACCUAGCACAGAAGCUUGAGUAGUGGUGUCCUCUAGCUGUACCGGAGAUUCUGUGCAGGGAUCUUAGAACAGGCUUGGAAGGAAAGUCAGAACCACACACUGUCAUUUUAUUUUGUUAUUUUUCUUAAUUGUUUGGAUCAACUAAGACCUUCAUUUUAGUAUGGUCCUUUACCGCCUUUACCAAUCACCUGCCAUUAAAGGGCUCUGAUAACCCAUCAGCUCCUGGUAGUUGAAACAAUGCCCUUUUUUUUUUCUAUUUAGAUUCAGUUUUCCCCUUGAACUCUGACCAGAUGGCUCAUCCUCUGCUCAGGAUUUGUUGGUUUUUGUUUUCUUUGUUGAUAACUGUAGCUUGUAAGAAAUGUGGGCAUGGUUUAAUGAAGCAUUUCACUGUUGGGAUAAAAGAGUUUGCCAUUUCAAGAUGAUGAAAGGACAUACUGGCUCUACUUGCAGGAUGAAAGGCUAGAAAACAUUUAAAAUUUUGAAUUAAUGGGUUACCCUAUAGAAAAAUGAUCUGUCAUAAACCAAACAGUGAAGGGGAAGAAGGGAAGAAUUUCAGUUGACACAAUUUAAAUGAAAUAUGACUUUUCAAGCAAAUGAAGUUUCUUUUGGAUUACAGAAACUAAACAAUAUUUAUUAUUUGGUUUAAAUGGGCUUAUUGGGAAAUGUUAUCAUUUUUACUAUUUUCUACAGAGAAAAUAUUUUCCACUUUAUCAAAUAACUCUGGACUUUGAAAUUACAGCCCGUUUUUAUGUUCCAGCUGUCUACGUAGUUGUUUUCCUGAAACUGUACUUAAAAUGUUUUUACAUUAAAGUGAAUUACUGUAUAAAGUACUGCAUUAUGCCAUAAUAAAGAUACCAAUGCUUUA